GGGCCCUGGGCCCUAGAGACGCGCGGACUCACACGGAAGAGCCUCCAUCAAACCCACGAGAAUCAUGACCGCUUCAACUAACAGCGGAGGGAAACACACGGGCGUCAAGGAAGAGAGGAAGAUGAGGAAACCUCUGAUCGAGAGGAAACGUCGGGAGCGGAUCAAUAACUGUUUGGAUCAACUCAAAGAAACCGUCAUCGGAGCGUUUAGACUCGAUCAAUCGAAACUGGAGAAAGCCGAUAUACUGGAGAUGACCGUCAAACAUCUGCAGAACAUCCAGGGCCAGAAGUUCACCGACCCGACGCACAGCCUGGAGGCCCAGCAGAAGUACAGCACCGGCUACAUCCAGUGCAUCCACGAGGUGCACAACAUGCUACUUACGUGCGAGUGGAUGGACAAAACUCUGGGCUCCCGUCUCCUGAACCACCUGCUCAAGUCCCUGCCCAGGUCCAGCGAUGAGCAGCCGCUGCAGCACAGACAUGAUCUGCCUCCUUUGGUCAGACCACCGAGUGCCGCCCUCAGAUCCGACCUGAGGCACAGACAGCAGGAGCAAUCGGGACUUCACAGAUCCCACCUGGGCUUGCUGCAGAUGUGGAGGCCCUGGUAGUGACGUGCAGUGGAUGUUUCCGAUGCAACCACUAGACCCUGCUCUGAUAUGUAUCUUAUAGAUAUGCAGCUCUGAAGACAAACGUGGGGCAGUUUUGGUUCCCAUAUGAUGAAUGUAGGUGUGACUCUACAGA